AUGGGAGGGCAUGUUUCCCGGCGGGCGUCCAGGCGGGGUCAUGGCCAGCCCCUGAGCCCCCGCCCCCUGAGCCCCCGCCCCCUCAGCCCCCGCCCCCUCAGCGCCCGCCCCGUGAGCUCCGCCGCCCGUCAGCCCCACCUUCAGGAGGAACACACGCCGCCCCUCCCCCGGCAGCCACUCCCGCCAGCAGCCCCGCCCGAGCCGCCAUCGUUCGACACCCGUGCCUCCGGGAACGUGACGGCGCUGUUGGGCGGGACGGCGACGCUGAGGUGCCGCGUCACGAGCCACGGGAAGAAGACGGUGUCGUGGAUCCGCCACUGGGACCUGCACCUGCUGUCCGUGGGCCGCUUCACCUACACGUCUGACCAGCGGUUCGUGGCCCGUCACGCCCCCGUCCCCGCCGCCACCGCCGCCCAGAAGUGGCUGCUGAUCAUCCACCACCUGCAGGAGCGGGACGCCGGCCUCUACGAGUGCCAGAUAUUCAGCACGCCGCCGCGCAGCCACCUCAUCCACCUGGCCGUCGUGGAGCCCGAGACCGCCAUCGUGGGGGGCCCGGACGUGUACCUCAACACCGGGAGUCAGCUGGCGCUCACCUGCACCGUCAGGUUCAGCCCCGAGCCGCCCGCCUUCAUCCUCUGGUACCACGGCGACAAGCAGUUUCCAGCAGCCAUUACAGGGGUCACUCUCCACGCCAUCAAUCAACCUUCUACGCGCUCCUACCGCGGCCAAGGUCUUCCAACGCGACUCCAAGGCUCCUGGUACCACAUGGACGACGACAUCCUUUGUCACCAGCUCUACAUCAGCUGA